GCUCCGGCACAACCUUCCGAACACAACCGCCUAACAGUCAGCUGAAUCAGGUGCAAUGAUGCGUGCCGGGCGUUUUGCUGUUGUCAUAGCUGCCAUACUGGUCUGCUGCAAUGCCGACCCGCAUAGGGAACAAGAUGGCACCGUAAGUGACCACAGCUCAGAACGCUACGACGCUAAUGAUUAUAGACAAAAGGAAUUCGAUUACCUAAUGAGGAUUUUGCUGCAAAACGAACAUCGGAAUGGUGAUCGUAACUUAAACGGUAUUGGUGGUAGCACUUUGAUGGGAAGAAACAUUAAUGGUGGUCUGGGAGGAAGUACAUUAUUAGGACGGAACGUAAACAGUUAUAGUGGCAACAGGAAUAUAAACGGUAUCGGUGGGUCUACGUUGACUGGCAGAGGUUUAAGGAAAAAUUUAAAUGGAAUCGGAGGCAGUGGCAUGCUGGGUCGGGAUGUAGAAUUAAGUGCCCGUUUCGUAGAUCCCUUGGGAGGUAGUAACUUUGUUCGCAACUUAGAUUCACUCGGAGGAGCAAAUUUCGUCAGGAAUCUCGAUUCACUUGGUGGGGCGAAUUUCGUCAGGAACCUCGAUUCUCUCGGCGGUGGGAAUUUCGUCAGGAAUCUUGAUUCACUCGGCGGUGGAAAUUUUGUAAGGAACCUCGACUCACUCGGCGGAAGUAACUUCGUCAAGAAGAACCUUGAUCAGAUCGGUGGACCUAACCUUGUUAAGAGGAACUUAGAUUCUCUGGGCGGUGGAAAUUUCGUUAGAAAUUUAGACCCUCUCGGCGGGGAUAACUUUGUUCGAGCGUUGGAGCUAGGCGAAGGAAACUUUCUCUAAAAUUAUUCGUAAAAUUGUUACAGUUUUCUCUCUUCGAUAGUAAAUAGUAAUGGAACAACGUAUAGAAUGUGAUAUGAGAUAGUUAAUACUUGUUUGUCGUUUAUUUGUUUAAGUUAUCAACGUUAAAUAGAUUUCUUGCAAUA